CUGCCAAGCACGUCCAUUCCCUAAGAGCCUUAAAGAAGUAGGUAUCCACUUCGACAACUAUAUACUUAUGCUAUGAAGGAUGUUCUCUCAAAGGCAAUUUCAGCGAUGUCUUUUACGGACGCGAUUUUGUAGAGUCAACGUGCGUGGUCGGCGGCUAAUACAAACGGAGCCAUUGCAAAAUGCUGAGGAAACCGUCAACGUGUAUAAGCCAAUUCUUCCUUCCAAGAAGUAUGAAUUCAAAAUUAACACGGAUCAAAAGUCUGAAAUGGUGAGUCUAUACGAGGCAUGUGUAUUCACGAAUGAUUUUGUCCGUUCUGCUCAGCUUUUGGGUCGCAUAGCCAAUUUUAAUGCAACUGAUGAAAAUAUGUACCCAUACAUUGAAUUUUAUCUUCGACAUCUAAUCAAUUCUGAGGAUUUUUCUCUGGAUUCCAUGAUUCGAACAACGAGAGCGAUCCUUAAAAAGUCAAAGCUUCCGGGUAAUGCCACGAUUUAUGCUUAUUAUUUCCAGGCAGCCUUAUUAAAAGAAGGAAAGGAUUCUGGUUAUCCAGUUCUUCAUCGAAUGGCUGUGGAAUGGAGAUACAGGAAAGGAAAAGUUGUUGAUAUUUUAUCCCAGACGUCCAUUUUAAGUAGCGAACAAAUACAAGCGAUCAUUAGAAUCCUCAACAUUCCUUUAGAAACUCUCUCCAAUAGCCAACUAGCUCUUUUUGGUUUUCAAUCUUCUAAUUUGACUGAGAACGAUCUUAUACGAAAUACAGCAGUAAAAGGAGAGUCUCGAUUGAAACCUGUACCGGCGACUGAACAUGUUUAUAUUGAUAAAAUUAAGAGCAAAGGAAUGCGUCUGGAUGCCUUACUAAAGUCACUAAAUAAUAUAUCUACUAGUCCUGAAGAGUUACCAGUUGAUGAAGUAUCAUUGGAAAAGGUGCCUAGCUCAGAACUCGUCAAUUUGGCGAGACAAAAGUUGUUAGAAAAAUCUUCGAUUGCUUCUGCUAUUGAUUUAUGGAAGGCUGAGUAUGAGGAAAUUUUCCAACGCGGAGGAGCUUUACCCAAAAAUAAAGAAGCUUCUGCAUUGUUUUACCAGUGGUUUGUAGAGUUGAAGGAGUUAUUUAAUCAAGAAAAUAAACGUCUUGAUGCUUUUUACCAUAGAAUUGAAACAAAUGCAGGAAAUCCAUAUAUAGCUGAGGGCUUUUGUGGUCCUUUUCUGAAGCUUUUGAAAGCGGACAAACUUGCUGCUCUAACAAUCAUUGAAGUAAUUCGCUCUAUUUCAUCGUUUUCUAGUCAAGAAGAAAUCGAGGAAACGCAUGGGGUAUUGAUUUCUCGGUUGACUGAUGCUGUUGGGCGGAGCUUUGAACGCGAAUUCUUAUCUGAACGUAUACAAGCAGAAGAAAGAGAGGGACAUAUCCGUUUAAGGGAUAAUCUAAAGUAUGUUUUUAAUAAUCCUCGUGCAUUUAGAACUGCCGUUAAAGAGUUGAGACGUAAUGCCGAUGAGAACGAUGGGAAAUGGAAACACGCUUUGGAGAGCUGGCCAAGGUAUGUCACUACCAAGAUUGGUGCAAUUGCGAUAUCAUUGUUUUUACAGGCUGCAAAGAUGGAUAUUAAUUUUAAGCGUUCGGAUACCGGGGAAUCUGUAAAAGAGUCUGUGUCCGCGUUCGCUCAUACGUAUCAAUAUAUCCAUGGAAGAAAGUCGGGAGUACUUCGUCCUAGAGUUGAGCUCUUAAAAUUAAUAGCAAGUGAAUUUCAGAACCCUCUUAUUCAUCCACAGAUGCUCCCAAUGUUGGUACGUCCGAAACCCUGGGUGCAAUGGGACAAAGGAGGUUAUUAUUACUCUCGAGAGUCAAUUAUCCGUUUGAAAGGUUGUACUGAACAGUUGGAUUAUGUGAAAGAAGCUUCUCGUAAAGGACAUUUAAAAAAAGUAUAUGGCGCUUUAAGCGCACUUGGUGAUGUGAGCUGGAGAAUAAAUCGCUUUACUUUUGAUGUUAUCGUCAAAAUAUGGAAUUCAGGUGAAGGUAUGCUCAGUAUUCCUCCCAAAAACGUAGAGGUGAAUCUUCCACCUUACCCUAAGCAAGCUUUAAAUCCAAAUGAUCGUGCAACGUGGUACAGUCUAAGGGAUAAGCUAACUAGAGAUAAGGCAACCGCACACUCUCAACGCUGUGACUUUAAUUAUAAACUUGAGAUUGCUAAUUCAUAUCUAAACGAAAGAUUCUACUUUCCUCAUAACAUGGAUUUCCGAGGAAGAGUAUACCCAAUGUCCGCGCAUUUGCACCAUGUGAACAACGAUUUUUGUCGUGGUUUACUAGAGUUUUCUGAAGGAAAGCCGUUAGGUCCUAAUGGACUCAAUUGGCUGAAAGUUCACCUAGCUAAUUUGUUUGGUAAUAGCAAAGUUGAUUAUGCUACUCGUCAAAAGUUUGUGGAUGACAACAUUGAAGAAGUCUUUGACUCGUAUGAUCGUCCCUUGGAUGGACGUAAAUGGUGGACAUCUGCUGAAGAUCCUUUCCAAGCGCUUGCCGCAAUUGCAGAAAUUGCAAAAGCAACGCGCUCCGAAAACCCCGAGACUUAUGUUUGUCACGUACCUGUACAGCAAGAUGGGACUUGUAAUGGGCUACAGCAUUAUGCGGCUUUGGGAAGAGACCCCGAUGGUGCUCAUGAAGUUAAUCUAUCUCCUAAUGAUCGUCCUAAAGAUGUCUAUGAUGCUGUAGCUAAAAUUGUUAUAAGCAAAUUAGAACAUGAGUCUAUGAAAGGCGAUGAGAUGGCUUCUGCUUUGAAAGAUAAAAUCGACAGAAGCGUUGUUAAGCCCACCGUGAUGACUAACGUUUAUGGCGUUACUUAUGUAGGUGCCAAAAAUCAGAUUAUAAGUCAAUUAGAAAAGCGAGGAGAUAUCCCGAAAGAUAUGCUUAACAAUUACUCUAGUUAUUUAACCAAGAUGGUAUUUCGAGCCCUUCGGUCCUUAUUUGAAAGAGCUCAUGAGAUUCAAGAUUGGUUAUCUACUUGCUCGUAUCUUAUUUCAAAUUCUUUACCGGCAGAAUACAUUGAGGAAGGUCAUAAGGAUAAGUUGACGCCCACUAUUUGGACAACUCCUCUCGGUUUCCCCAUUAUUCAGCCUUAUAGAAACUUUAAAAAGCGACAAGUGCAGACAAACCUCCAGUCAGUUUGUAUUGAGGACAGGGAUAGAGUAGCUUCCGUUGAACCUAGAAAACAAGCGGCUGCUUUUCCUCCUAAUUUUGUGCAUUCUUUGGAUGCAACACAUUUGUUUAUGACAUGCCUGAAAGCGAAGGCAGCCAACAUAACAUUUGCUUCCGUCCACGACUCCUACUGGACUCAUGCAUGCGAUGUCGAGAAGUUAGGUAGUCUGUUGCGAGAAGCUUUUGUUGAGUUACAUUCACAGAAAAUAAUGGAAAAAUUGAGAAAUGAAUUUCGAAAGCGAUAUAAGAACUAUAUGAUUCAGAAGGAUGUUGCAAGAAGGUAUGAUUUGUGGAUAUCAACUGAAUAUGCUGAUAAAAAAUGGGUACCGCUGAGGAUCCCAACUCUACCUUCACAAGGUUCAUUUGAUUUAACGAAGGUUUUGGAAAGCAAAUACUUCUUUUCAUGAAAAUAUCUAAAAUUUUGGUUUCAGAAGCGUAUAAAGUUUGAAAGCUUCUCCGCUAUGUAUAAGUAUGCAUGAUUGCAGUUUUUAACAAGUAGACUGCAAUUUGUACGAAAAAAAAUACUCUUUCCUUCUUAAUUUUUAAUAGAGUGAAGUUAAUUAACGGUGAAUACAAUAGAUUAAUAUAUCAUUUUUGUAUAUUAUAUACAAUCUAUGACAUGUGGCAUCAG